UGACCAACAGUGCGCUCCAUAGAGUGCAAAAUUUUCAACAUGGUGGACAAAGCAGCCGACGCGCAAUAUUUUCGCGUUGCUCAUCCAAUAUGGCAAGUUCUUAUCCUAGUUGGCUUGACAAUUGUUACACUUUGUCCAUUCCGCCCCGAUUUGAUCCCCUACCAGUACAUGGGACCAUUUGGUUGGUUCGUUAACUGGCUGAAUACAACUUACCCCAAUGUUGUGUUUGCAAUAUUUGUUGUGGCCUUUAUCCUUCAUGUCGGAGAAGCCUUGUUCGCUAUCAAAUUAUGCCAGGAUAAGAUGAUAGAAAGUCCUGCCAAAUGGAAGUGGACCGUCCAAACUUUCUUUUUCGGGAUCGCGUCUCUGGGCAUUCUCCUAAAAUAUAAGCCGAAGAAACAGCCAUGACCUUCAUGUAUACUUUACUCACAGAACGAGGCGUUGUACUUCUGAGGAACUAUCAUUUUCAGGGACAGGGGAACAUCUUUAAAUACACCGGAAAAAAUAACAGGCUUCAUCUCCCCUGGUCGAAAAACGAGAUAAAAUACUUCGGCCGGUUUUUCAUUUCUAAAUUACAUGUAUACUAGCAUUGUACCCGUGGCGCAGGCAGGUUCAAAUGGGGGCUCAAAUGGGCUAUACCUUGAAUAGAUUGAAUUGCAAUGAAAAUCUAAUGCAAUAUCAAAGGAGCCAUACCGAAGAGACAAAUUAAACCAACCAUUUGUCCACAGACUCGGACCUAGCUGUGGCGUGCUGUAUGCGUGCAUAUAAAAGUAUAUCAGUUGGUCCGAUAGUGAUGAUGAGGCAAUGCCUCGUUCCUUUAAUAGUCAGCAAUAUGCGCCAGGUCUCGGCCAAGGCACUUACUCGACAGGCAAGCUAGACGUUCAGCACCGUGAGCAGCUCCUUGAUAAGGCCAUUUCAGGUUCAGCGCGCCUCUUCAGAUCAAGUAUCAUUGAAAGCUGUGGUGAGCACAUAAACAGACCAUGGUAACCUUCAUUUGAAAAUCCCUUCAUAAUCAAGGGCUAGCUCUGGCUAACACAGCACCCAUAAACAAUAGACCACCAAUUUGACCCCAGCUCCUUACUGCGGGAAAACCCAAGUCCAGCAACCGAAAGUACCAAAAAUACAUUUUUGUUUACAUUUGAACUGCACACAUGCGUUUGUUUACAAUUUCUUUCCCCGCGAAAUCUCGAACAUCAGGUGACAUGCAAUCGUGGAUUGAAAAUAACAUUAACCUUAGUUCAGCAGGUCGACAUGUACAGGCUCUUCCAAUCAUCCCCCUACGGCCAGCUGUUCAACAGGUAAAGUUACCCACCCCACAGGGAGUGCAGGUAAUUGAUUAAGCCCCUGCAUAACUAAACACCUAUGACUUGGCUUCUGUGAGUGAUAAGGAGAAUUGACAGUGUCCGAUUCAAAAUACCUCAUUACUGCUCCGCUGAAGUAAAUUUCCGAAAAUAAACAUGACGUUGCAUCAGGAUAACAUAUCACCUGCAAACGUGCAAAAUUUCGAGACGAAACACGACCCCCAAAUGGCACUUUAGCGAGCCGCCUUAUAGUAUUAUGAUAUAGAUAUGACUGGUAACGAUCAAAGUUGGGUUUUACAUGAAAUUUCCGCUCUUCCCUUAUACACGGGUCGUUGGUUCUACAAUACAACUAAUGAUUUGUCAAUUUUGUAGCACGAAAGAAUAAAAAAACAGAUGUGAUUUUCA